GUACCUGAAACGUUAAAAGCACAUGGCCGAUUUGCCAACUCAAGAUGGAUACUGUUAAAUAGGUAGUCGUGAUUAAUUAUCGUUACUAAUUUUAUUAGUAAGUGUUGUUAAGGAUUUCUCGUCGCAAAUAAAAUGUCAAACACAAAAGAAUUUUUUCUUUCGGUUACACAACGUAUUUUCAGUAAUUGGACUGCUUUAAGGAUGGCAGUGGAACAUGGUAUGGGUGCGAAGGGAAUGGCGAUAGAUUUUUGCUUUUACAUGACAGAGGUUAUGUACAUGAACGAAGGCCUGAAUAGUAGUGAAAUUGCCAACGAAUUAGAAGAUUACAUGGAUGAGCAUUUCAAUACAGAACUUCAAGAUGAUAGUGCAAUGCAAGUUGCAGAAGAAUUAUUGAAGUUUUAUCGUUAUUGUACUGAAAAUACUGAAAAUCUGGUAACGAUAGAGCUUGCAAAACUGCCGCCGUUACAACCAUGGCUUGUUACAAAUGAACCUGCAAAAAGAAUUCAAACCUUUUGUGCUAUAGAAAAUGAUAGUUCUGAAGAGGAAGAAACAUCUGAUAGUAUGCAAGUUGUAGAUGAAUGGACGGAAGUCAGAGGUAGACGAAAGAGAUAACUAGGAUUUAUUAUUUUAAAGGGUACAUUUUUAUUUUCUUUCUCUUUUUUUCUUACAAAAGGACAGAUUAACAAAGAAUAUACAAACUACUGUUUUACAGUACAUGUGCAUUGCUUGUAAUUGCAAUUUAUAUUCUAGAAUCUUCUAAUCAAAUACUUAUCUAAGCAGUCUUUGAGACAUUGUCAAAUUUUAUUUGGCAGUUCCAGUCCCUGCUUCUAAAGAAAUAGAAAUCAUUGUAGAAAAUCAUUAAAGAAAAAAAAUAAAUAUUUUGUAGCUUCUAA